CAUUAAUCGUGAGUACUGUCCCUCUGCCGUCCGAAAGAUAUCGCUAGGUAUAAGUAGAUGAGCCUCAGACAUCUUUGUAUUUGGAAUCAAUACUAUCACACUCUUUCAUUACUUUGCUUUACAGCUUCUUCCAGUCAUUUCAACUCCUAUCCCAGAAUAGUCUUUUGGUCACAAUCGUGGUUUUUACCUUCCAUACCUAAUGUAUAUUCGCAAUAUUCUGGUCUCUGGCCUAGCGGCUGCCAGCACAGUCCAAGCCUACAACAACGACACAUUCGGCGAAGAUGAGAAGUGGAUAGUGGCAGAUCCAGCUCCAGUACAGAAACGACAGUUCAUCAACGUCUUCGGCCUACUCAGCAGCAUCUUCGGCGGCGGCAACAAACAAGAUACAAGCGAAUGCCCUGCCAUCUGGACCCAAAUAUCCGCCACUCUUACCCAACAAUUCUCCGCAAACGGCGAAUGCACAGAUGCUGCUCGGGCCGCCAUCCGAGCUGCUUUCCACGACUGCUUCCCAGGAGCUUGUGAUGGCUCUCUCAUCCUAGCCAACGAGUGUGCACAAGCCCCCAGCCGCGGCCUCCAGCGCUUCUGCAGCAACCUCGCAGGUGUAGCCUCGCAAACCAACGUCGGCGUCGGAGAUCUCAUCCAGUUCGCCGCCGCACACGCCGUCAAGACAUGUCCUGAAGGACCCGUCGUCCCCAUCCGAAUCGGGCGACAAGAUUCUAGCCGCGAAAACGACUGGAGAAUACUACCACGAGGCGAUGCCAGAGGAAACGAUGUCGUCAGAUUAUUCUCAUCCAAAGGUUUUAGCCCCGUCGAUCUCGCCGCCCUCCUCGGCGCCCACUCAACCGCCAAACAACAAUUCGUCGACCCCUCCCAAGCCGGCGCCGCUCUCGACUCCACCCCAGGCGUCUGGGACAUCAAAUACUACACCGAGACUCUGCGUGGAAAUGCACCCUUCAUCCUCCCAGCCGACAGAAAUAUUGCGAGGAACCCGGCGACUGCGCUGGCUUUUGCGCGGUUUGGGGUUAGUAAGAAGGCGUGGGAUGAUGCGUUUGUUGUGGCUAUGGUUAAGAUGGGGAUGAUGGGUGUGACGAAUCGGAAUAUGAUUGAUUGUACAAGUGCGUUGCCGAAGAGUAGUGCGGCGAAGAGGGAGGUUAAGGAGAGGAGGGUUUCGGGGAGGUUUACGUGGUAGGUGGUGUAAAGGGGGGAUUGAGUGGAAGGCCGAUCUUGAACAUGUGUUACGAUAUUUUUGUGUAUAUUUCGGCUUUUUCUUUUGUCGUUGUUAU